ACAAUAAUUUUUGAAAACCACCUGUUUUCGUUUUUCCCCCUUUCUUCUUCUUCUUCGAUUUAGGGUUACGAAAUUUGAUUCAAUCCGAUUUGAUUUUUUUUUUUGUGAUUCGAUUGUAAAUGGAGGCGAGAACCGGCCGAGAGCACCCAUCGACACCAGCAGCAAUCGCACCGGUGGCUGCCGCUCCUCCUCCUCCUCCGCCGUCUACACGGCGUCCGAGAGUGAGAGAAGUCAGCUCGAGAUUCAUGUCUCCGGUCUCUUCAUCUUCAUCUUCCUCCUCCUCCGCCGGAGAUCUCCACCUAACGACUCCCAGGCACCAUCAUCACCUUAAUCACCGAUCCGUUUCCGUUCAGAAGUCGAGACGGCAGUUGAAGCUAGCGGAAGGCGACGAGAACCACCGCCCCUCCGAUACGGCGCGUAGCCUAGACUCUCCGUUUCCGAUCCACCACGACGGACGGAAGAACCAGCAGCAGAGUAAUAAUCGAUCCAAGCCGUUGAAGGAGAACGGCCAACACCGUCUCGACACUCCGACGUUGCCGCCUCCGUCUAGAUCUAGACUGAACCAGCAGCGUCUGCUUACAUCCUCCGCCGCGGCUAGGCUUCUCCGGCUAUCGGUCUCCUCCACUGACGGUGAAGAAGACAAAUCCAGCGCCUCGGAUCUGUUUCGGAGCCACGCGAAGAAGGCCGUCAACAGUCAAGCCGCGUCUCCUCUCAGGCGAUCCCUGAGUGCUUCUUGCGAUGAUCCGUCGUCGUUUCGAGACGCGAGAGCUUCGUUGUCUUUGCCUCCUGUGGCACCUAACUCGAAGGCUCAGGCUGAUAUAAAGAAGCAGAAGAAAGUUUCAGGGCAACAAGCUGAUGCACAUUCUCUGAAACUUCUCCAUAACCGAUACUUGCAGUGGAGAUUCGCUAAUGCGAACGCUGAGGUCAAAACGCAAGCUCAGAAGGCACAAGCUGAGAUGAUGUUUCACUCCCUUGGUUUGAAAAUGUCAGAGCUCUCUGAAUCUGUAAAGGAGAAACGAAUAGAACUGGAGAGAUUGUUGAGAGUGAAAGCUGUUAAGGAGAUUGUGGAGUCUCAAAUUCCUUAUUUGGAACAAUGGACAACAAUUGAAGAUGAAUACUCAACUUCAUUAUCAGAAACAUCUGAAGCUUUACGGAAUGCUUCACUGCGGCUCCCGCUCGAUGCUGAUAUCAAGGUUGAGACUAAAGAGUUAGCAGAAGUACUUACUGGGGCUUCAAAGUCCGUUGAAGGCAUUGUGCAAAACAUUGGACAUCUUUUGCCUAAGACGCAAGAGAUGGAGACUUUGAUAUCUGAACUAGCAAGAGUAAGCAGCAUAGAGAAGGCAUCAGUACAAGAUUGUGGAGUUACACUACUGAAGACACAUUCAGCUCAUAUUGAGGAGUGUUAUCUUAGGAGUCAGCUUAUUCAACAACAACAGCACAAGAAGUGUGAACUUCAAAAAUAGAGCAAAAGUUUUGUUUUACAUGGGGACUAUAUGUUCUGAUCAUUAUAUUGUAACCAUAUUAAUAAAGAAGUAAUGGAACUGCUUUUGACCAAGCU